AUGGAAGGGCAUGCUGAAAUGGAGAUGCUGCGGACACUGACAGGCCCCUCCACAGGAGAGGUCAGCGUGCACCUGCUGGCUAGAGAGAGCCCAGGUUCCCCUCCUCAUUUGCCCACAACUGCCUUCAUCAUUCCAGCCAACUCAGCCACCCUGGGCCUGCCUACUAGUGCCCUGGAUGUGUCUUGCUUUCCCCGGGAGCCAAUCCAUGUGGGCGCCCCAGAGCAGGUGGCCAGCAGCGAACCAGUUACCGCUACAGUCCUGCCGCAGCUUAAUGCCGUGCCAGUCUCCAGCUCCAGCGCCAGCACAGUACGGCUUCUUGAGUGGACUGAGGCUGCAGCCCCGCCCCCUGCGAGCGGCUUGCGGUUCCGGAUAAGCGAGUACACGCAGCUGAACAUGCUGGGAGUGGAGCAGCCCCCGGGUACGGAGCUGAGGCGAGGAGACAUGACCGAAUAUGAAGAUGGCCGGUCCCCGGUUGGGGAUGGCGAUGUGGGCACCCAACAGCCCGAGGACCUCCCUCAGAAUUCUUCCGAAGAUACCCCUCAGGACUUCCCCAAGGAUGAUGGCACCUGUCAGUGCCAGGCCUGUGGGCCUCAGCAAGGCGCUGGUCCAGAUCUUGGUUCCUCCAGUGAUGGCCCUCAGCUGUUCCAAGAGCGGUCAGUCAUAGUGGAGAAUUCCUCAGGCCGUGGCAAUGCUUCUGAGCUUCUCAAACCCAUGAAGAAGAGGAAACACAGGGAAUACCAGAGCCCAUCAGAGGAAGAGUCUGAGCCAGAAGCCAUGGAGAAGCAAGAAGGAAGAAAGGAUCCAGAGGGACCACCUACUGCUAGAACCCCAGAGAGUGAAGAGUGGAGCAGCAGCCUGCCUGGUAUGCUUGUCUGUCUCUUCUCCAUGGCAACAGGGGAGAAGAAGGAAGGCUGGUCGUGGGAGUCCUACUUAGAGGAGCAGAAGGCCAUCACUGCCCCAGUCAGCCUCUUCCAGGACUCCCAGGCAGUCACCCAUAACAAGAAUGGCUUCAAACUGGGCAUGAAGUUGGAAGGCAUUGACCCGCAGCACCCAUCCAUGUACUUCAUCCUCACUGUGGCUGAGGUCUGUGGCUACCGUCUACGUCUGCACUUUGAUGGGUAUUCCGAGUGCCAUGACUUCUGGGUCAAUGCCAACUCCCCUGACAUUCACCCUGCUGGCUGGUUUGAGAAGACUGGGCACAAGCUACAGCCUCCCAAAGGUUACAAGGAGGAGGAGUUCAGCUGGAGCCAGUACCUGCGCAGCACAAGAGCUCAGGCUGCCCCCAAGCACCUGUUUGUGAGCCAGAGCCACAGCCCGCCACCCCUGGGCUUCCAGGUGGGCAUGAAGCUGGAGGCUGUCGACCGCAUGAACCCAUCGCUCGUCUGUGUGGCCAGUGUGACUGACCUGGUAGACGGCCGCUUCCUGGUGCACUUUGACAACUGGGAUGACACUUACGACUACUGGUGUGAUCCCAGCAGCCCCUACAUCCACCCGGUAGGCUGGUGCCAGAAGCAUGGAAAACCCCUCACCCCUCCACAAGACUACCCAGACCCUGAUAACUUCUGUUGGGAGAAAUAUCUAGAAGAAACUGGGGCCUCUGCUGUGCCCACCUGGGCCUUCAAGGUGCGACCCCCUCACAAUUUCCUGGUCAACAUGAAACUGGAGGCUGUGGACCGCAGGAACCCAGCCCUGAUUCGUGUGGCCAGCGUGGAAGAUGUGGAGGACCAUCGGAUAAAGCUUCACUUUGAUGGCUGGAGUCAUGGCUAUGAUUUCUGGAUCGACGCUGACCACCCAGACAUCCACCCUGCGGGCUGGUGCUCCAAGACAGGACAUCCCCUGCAGCCUCCUCUCCGUCCCAGAGAGCCCAGCUCUGCCUCCCCUGGUAGCUGUCCCUCUCUCAGCUAUAGGAGCCUGCCCCACACUAAGACCUCCAAAUACAGCUUUCACCACCGGAAGUGUCCCACUCCUGGUUGUGAUGGCUCUGGCCAUGUCACAGGCAAGUUCACAGCUCACCACUGCCUCUCGGGCUGCCCACUGGCUGAGAGGAACCAGAGCCGGCUGAAAGCAGAGCUGUCCGACACAGAGGCCUCAGCCCGCAAGAGGAACCUCUCAGGCCUGUCCCCAAGGAAGAAGCCUCGCCAUCACGGCCGAAUCGGACGCCCUCCCAAGUAUCGGAAGAUUCCACAGGAAGAUUUCCAGACACUCACCCCCGAUGCUGUGCACCAGUCCCUCUUCAUGUCAGCCUUGUCGGCCCACCCUGACCGCUCACUCUCAGUGUGCUGGGAGCAGCACUGCAAGCUCCUGCCGGGAGUGGCAGGUAUCUCAGCCUCAACAGUCACCAAGUGGACCAUUGACGAGGUCUUCGGCUUUGUUCAGACUCUGACAGGUUGUGAGGACCAAGCACGCGUCUUCAAAGAUGAGGUGGGACUAGACAGAGCGACCCACAUCUCUGAGAAAAAUCUGGUAUGGACUAUGGCCCAGCUUGGGGACCCUGUGCGUUCAGAUCAUCUUCAGGAAGCAAAAACCAUUCUAGAGGCAGGAUUCCAUUUACUCCUCUGCUCUCUGCCCAGUCCUUUGUUUGCCAAACUUAGCUUCAUCAGUGAUGGGCAAGAAAUUAAAGCGUACUUUUUUUCCUCCAAUCCAAUGAUUGACGGCGAGGCCUUCCUUUUGCUGACACAGGCGGACAUCGUGAAGAUCAUGAGCGUCAAGCUGGGCCCAGCCUUGAAGAUCUAUAACGCCAUUCUCAUGUUCAAAAAUGCUGAUGACACCUUAAAGUGA